AUGGUGCCUGUCAGGCCAGUCAGCCCGCCUGGCCCGAGGUGUUACCAGGCGCCCUGCAAGCUUGCCCGAGAGGCAGCCCAGUGGGUGCAGGGGACCAUGUCUCUGCCGGAUCCGGUGAAUGAACGCAAAGAGAACUUGGAUGUCAGGCAGUCCAGGAGGGAAUCUGAAACCGAGGAGGACUCGAAGGCUCAGGUCCAUGCCCAAGUGUCUGGUUCUGACUACAACCCCUCAGGUAGCAGCACCCUGUCUUUGGACCACUCUACCAGUGUCUUCGGCACCGAUGGGGCCCAGAUCAUUCCCUGUGUAUUGGGCCUCUCGUUGGCCUUCCAGACCUACACAGUUUCUAAAAGUAAAUAUGCCCUAAGUUCCUUAGAGAGGCUCAAAAAGUUCUCAAAGGAGAAACCCAGCCUCAGAGGCCGCCGCUACUACCACAUUGAAUAUUUCCUUCUGCCGGGUGACGAAGAGCCAAACAAGGUGGACAUGGUGGUGUUUCCCACACUCACCAAAGUAUUCAUGGAUUCGGGAAUGAAGACCGUGAAGCCCUGGCACGAAGGAGACAAAAUAUGGGUGACCUGGACCCACCACUUUAACCUGCACGUGACCAAGGAAAUGCUAAAGAAGCUAAAUUUUCAUAAAAUAAACAUGAAAAUCUGGGACAACAAAGAAAAGGUUGCAAGGAAGGUCAAGUAUUAUCGGUUAACGAACUCUGUGUGUACAGAAGAUCUAUCCUCUUUAGGCAAGUCAGGGUUGAAACACCUGGUUUUAUAUCAGCGCAAGUUGGCAGAACAGAGGAGCUAUAACAAAGAGGCGUGGAACCAGGAUUUCAUGUUUGGGAAAAUAGGAAAAUCAAGAAAAGGAAAGACUUCACAAGACACUGACACCCUAUCCAGGAUCCCAGAGGAAUUUCAAAAUCUGUUUAGAGUGGAAGAAGGGAGUCCAGAGCCGCAAUGGAACUCAAGAAGAUGCAUGAAAGGGACACUCGCAUUACAGCUGAGAGAGCUCCUCGAGAAAUCAUCUUUUGAAAGCAUAGUCAACACAACUGAUAAAUUAAAAUAUAAUGUCAAACAGAGCGAAUCAGUGGUGAAAAGAAAAGUGAGGAAAGCGAAGGUGCUCGCCAGGGAAGAGGAGAGUGAGACCAAACUGGCGGUGACUCCAUCCCAGGAUGUCUUCACCAUCCAGCUGUCCCUCACCCCGCUGCUAGCAGGAUGGAAACUGGUUAUGAAUCGGAGCCAAGGCAAGUCCCCCAACAUCGUAGACUCUUUUUUGACGUUGAAAACCAAACGGCAGGUCAUGACGGAGCAGCAAAAACAGGAAUUAAACCCACUGACCAUCAAGAUUACCAGUGUUUGCCAGCUGCCCUCCCUGCCCGUGCCUUCCCAGGAGCUGGAGAACACAUGUGUGCCCGUGUACUGCAAGUACAAGUUUGCCGACAUGCCAGUUCACAUGACCAACAAACAUCCCCACAACACCUGUGUCCACUUCCAGGACAUCAACGUCAUCUUCCUGGGAGAGAUGAACCCUGGGGAUCUGCGAGAGCUUCUGGAGGGCCCCCCCAUGGUGGUGGAGGUCCAUGAUCGGGACCGCCAGGCAGAAGACAGAGCCCAGAAACCAUUGCUGUUUGGCGAGGGCCCCCUGGACACCUACCCCAACUUUCAUGCCUUAGUCUCUCCCAAAGACACUGAGUCCAACCCCUUCGAGUCCCAGAAUAAAAUGUGGAACCCUCAUGGGGUUGCCCGGGUCAGCUUGGCUGACCUCCUCCUGGGUCACAAGUACUUGAACCUGGCCGUUCCCGUCCACAACUGUGAACCUCAGCCCACAAACCCCAACCUGGACAAGAGAAAAAAGGGGGUCACCCAACUCGGGGGCCCCAGGGACAGCACACAGCCCCUGCCCAUAGGCAAUUACCUGCAGGCCCACACCCAGCUCAAGCUGAGGGUGGACAUCACUGUACCUCUGGCACGGCUCGGGUCCCAAACCCCUGAACCGGACCCCAUGGGACCCCUGUUCGGCCGCAUCAUUUUCGUGUUUGAGUCUGGGCAGCACGUCCUUCUGCAGCCACUGCUGCAUGAUAUCACCAUGAUCAACGCCAAGGCCCUCAGCCUGGACUCUUACCCAAUGGGCAGUAUCAAACAGAUCCUGCCGGCCAUCAAGGUGCGAAUGAACAUCCAAGACCAGGGGGAUGAAGAUGUGGUUACAGGCUUCCACUUGCUGGAUGGGCAGCUACACCUUCUCAUCCUGGAAGGUCUGGCCACCCAGGCCUUGAAGCAUCUGUGGGAGAACUACCAGGACAGAAUCCCCCUGGUGGAGCAGAAGCCUUGUGCGCCGCACAAGGUGCUGUACAACUCGCAACUGCGGUUCCGUCGCCGCCUGUAUGGGAACCUGGAGAGCAUGGUGUACCAGAUACACCUCUUUCAGCCCCUGACACAGCUCAUGAGGCAGCCAGAACUCUACGUACGCAACACGGUGCCGAAGCCCGUUUUACAGGCCCUGACCAGGAUCUAUGACAUCUGCUACCAGAGCACCAGGCUGAGGGAAGUGAUCAACAGAGAUCUGCUGCCUUCUGCCUCCAUGGUCAGGAUCCUGAGCCAGCAAUUUGGCGUGCCUGUUUCACAGAAAGAGUUUCUGGAAGGCCAAGGGCUGGCCAUUCCCUCCUCAUCUCUCUCUAGCCUGGAGCAAGUCCCAAAACCCACCCUCAGCCCCACUAAAGAUAUUGAGGAGCACCAGGAGAGCUACCAGCAGCGGCGGAGUCUCAACAGGUGGCAGAGCCAGAAGCAAAGUCACAACUUCAUCCAGAGCAACAUCCUCAGCGCCUACCAGACCAGUAUGAAGCCUGUGAAGUGUGUGGAGAAAGUGGUGCGCAUUUCCGCCUCACCCAGGGACUCCGUCUUUAACUACAGCUCUCAAACCCUCAACUCAUCGGUGCUGGCCCGGAAGCAGAUACAGCAGGAGAUGGUCAGGGAGCCCCAGAAAAGGUUCACAUAUUCUCAGAAGUACCUCUCAGCCAUGGUGGACUGCUGUGACCCCGAGGAUAAGAGGAAGGAGGACAAACAGGGGUGCCACCAGGCGGACCUCACAGCUGAGGGCUUCCAAGUGACAGGCCUUCAGAAGACUGACUACCUCUUCCCACGGCAGCUCAGCAUGGCAUACACUGAGGUUGGGGUGCCAGGGGUGUCGGGAGGGCUGGAGGAGUGGCAGGAAGGGGCGCUGUUCCGGAACAAGCUACAGAAUGUGCUGGAUCGUGGCAGGUGGAGCUGGGACCGCCGCCACCAGGACUUUGAGCUGUAUAAACAGCCCCCCGCUUUCCUGGAGCUGCCCCCCAUACCAAAACAGAAGCCUGUGGAAGGUGAACAGUACCCCCAGUGUCCUCAGUGCUGUUUGAUGCCUGGACUUUCUGGGGGCGGCUGGUGUGGCAGCCACUAUGCCAACUCACCCUCGGGCCCCUGA